GAUCACUUUUUCUAAAAUUUAGUUGUGAAACAAAAAGAUGAGAGGAAAGAAACUACUAGACGAACAAAAUUGAGAAACUUUGGCACGCGAAGAAGAGAAGAAAAAAGUAACGUAAAUGGCGUCGAAAGCAGAUUCGCUUCCAUAUCCGAGUGCAGCUAAAAUCUCUGAUUCUCCUUGUUUUCCUCAGCAAACUGCUUCUCUCAAGUGUUUGGAACAAUACAACAGUGACAAGAGUAAAUGUCAAGAAUACUUUGCUGUCUACAAGGAAUGCAAGAGGAAGGAGCUUUCUCUUUUGCAGAGGGAAGCACGACUGGAACGCAACAAAAGCCGCUCUUUGUUUUCUUAGAGACUCCUGGAAAGGAUGCCUUUGUAAAGGUUUUUCUUUUAACCAAAGUUCAUUAGGCUUGUUGCUAUGUAAUGCACUUUGAUUCUGUUAUAAUACUUAUUUAACAAGUUUCAGCUUGUCACAAUCUUUGUUGCACAUGUACACACUUUCUACAAUUCCUAUAGGCGUCAAUCUUUUGUUUUGUAUUUUGAGUAAUCUUGAUACAUAUUGAAACCUUACAAAUUCAUGA